AUGGAUGGGCGAUCAAACCCGAGGCGAGCAGCGUCUACUGGCAUAAGCUUUCGCAGCACGGAAGGCGAGGAGCCGAUAGAUGUCGAUGCGUACAACCCAAACGUAGACGUUGAUGUAGAGGCACGCCACCGGCGAGAGCGCAAGAGGAGACGCAAGGAGGACAAGCGUGAGAACAGGGAGCGCCGAAGGCGACGAAAGAAACGUCGUCGCGAAGGCGACUCUGACUCCGGCGAUUCUGAGUAUAGACCGGAUAAGGAGAAGCGCCCUAAAGAAGACGUCAGAGACGAGGACGACAUGGUGCCAAUUCCGCGUGCCGCGAGGGAGGCCACGUUCAACCUUGACGUUGAGGAAGCGGAUGACGAUGACGCAGAGAUUAGGGACUUUAGUCAACUACCGCUGCGACCGGAUCAUCAGUCCCGCCCAGUAUAUGUAUCGGGAGAUAUGCGUAUCUUCUUGGAGACUUUCUCCCCGAUUUAUAAGCAGGCGUACGAUUUUCUUGUGGCUAUUGCAGAACCAGUGUCGCGCCCCGAGCAGCUUCACGAAUAUCGGCUUACGCCGUAUGCGCUUUAUGCGGCGGUAAGCGUUGGUUUAGAUAGCGAAAGCAUUAUUCGUGCGUUGGGGAAGCUUUGCAAGACGGCGUUGCCAAAGGAAGUUCCGAAAUUUAUUCGAGAUUGCACAAAAACAUAUGGGAAGACUAAGCUGGUACUGAAGAAGGGAAAGUACCUCGUGCAGACAUUAGAUGAGAAGGUACUGCGGAUUUUUGCUGCGGAUCCAGAAAUUUCUUCAUCUCGAAUGCCGGAGAGCGCGAUCGGUGCCGAAAGCAAAGAGGUAGAAACGGAAGAGCAAGGCAUUGUUAUCGCUGGUCGUGAAGAAGCGGUGAGCGAUGCAGCUACUCUAGCUGCACUUGCGAAGGCCCUAGAUGAUGAAGAUGACGAAGAUGAAGAAGAUUACUUGGUUGGUAGCGCCAAGAAGAAGGCAUUUGAAUUUGAGGUGCGUCCUGAGAUGGUGGAACACGUCAAGCGUCGUGCGAUUGAACUGGACUAUCCACUUAUGGAAGAAUACGAUUUCAGGAAUGAUUCGACGAAUCGGAGCAUAGAUCUUGACUUGAAACCAAUCGCGAAGAUUCGCCCCUACCAAGAGAAGAGCCUAGAGAAAAUGUUUGGAAACGGCAGAGCACGAUCGGGUGUAAUUGUGUUGCCUUGCGGGGCUGGAAAAAGUCUUGUUGGUGUAACGGCGGCAUGCACGAUCAAAAAGCCUGUCUUGUGCUUAUGCACCAGUUCUGUGUCUGUGGAACAAUGGCGAUACCAGUUUGCGACGUGGAGCACGAUGCCGCGGGACCAUGUUGGGCGUUUCGUGGCGUCGGGCGGCGGUCCAAAAGAUAAGAGCUUCUACGGCGGCGUGACAGUAACAACAUAUUCGAUGAUUUCACAUAGCGGGCGGCGAGCAGCGGAGUCUGAAAGAAUGCUGAAUGAAUUGAAAUCGAAGGAAUGGGGCCUUUUGCUCCUUGAUGAGGUGCAUGUGGUGCCAGCAAACGUAUUUCGUCGGGUCAUUGGUGUUAUCAAAGCGCAUUGUAAGUUAGGACUGACGGCAACGCUGCUUCGUGAAGAUGAGAAGAUCGGAGAUAUCAACUUCCUCAUUGGACCGAAGCUAUACGAGGCAAACUGGCUCGACCUGCAACGAGAAAACUACCUUGCGACUGUUCAAUGCGCGGAGGUAUGGUGUCCGAUGACGAAGGAGUUUUAUCGUGAGUAUCUGUCAUCGACGCCAGCAAGAAGAAAGCUUCUUUAUGCAAUGAACCCGAACAAGUUCCGUAUGUGUCAAUUCCUCGUCAAGUUUCAUGAAGAUCGAGGGGACAAAGUGAUCAUUUUUGCAGAUAACGUGUAUGCGCUCCAAAUGUACGCCAGAAGACUUUGUAGGCCAUACAUAUACGGACCAACGACACAGACUGAGAGACUACGAAUCCUUGCCAACUUUCAGCACAACCCCGAGCUAGGGACGAUUCUAUUGUCGAAAGUUGGUGAUACAUCUAUCGAUAUCCCGGAGGCGAACGUCCUGAUUCAAGUGAGCUCACAUUAUGGGUCUCGCCGACAGGAGGCGCAGCGUCUCGGACGUAUCCUACGACCGAAACCGCGUGCCGGGCAAAACUUCAACGCAUUUUUCUACUCGCUCGUGUCAACGGAUACUCAGGAGAUGUUCUACUCUUCCAAACGGCAACAAUUCUUGAUUGACCAAGGUUAUGCGUUCAAGGUGAUCACACAUCUUGAAGGGAUGGACAAGGCCAAGCUGGAUUUCGAGACUAAGGAAGAACAACUGGACUUGCUUGCAGCGGUGCUAUCGGCGAAUGAGGCUGAUGCGACGGAACACCUAGACGUGGAUGAUGAAGAGCGGGCGUUGGCAGGUAACGGGCCGGGUGGCGGUCUUGGACGGAUGGACGUAAUGAGGAGGAGACCGUCGUCGUUGUCAUCGUUGACAGGGGCUAGGGGGAUGAGAUAUGCCGAGUAUGAACGUGACCGGCCUAAGUCGAUGCCGCUUCCGAAGAGUCAGCAGGUGUUGCGACAUGCGUUGUUCAGGAAGAGGGCUAGGAAGUAGAUAAUGGAGGGAGGAUUCAUAGGAAUCCUGACUCAAUUGACAGGGGCAUAGGUGCUGUAAGGCGGCCUUCGCGUAGCAACUAGACUACAACGGCUAUUAUUCUAGUUACCUGCUCCUCCUGCAGGGUGAACCGGGAGGGAUUCGGAUUCACAAGUAGCACUAAGAGCAUCUCUACCGCGGGUCUAUUCUCUAUUCUAAUGACAAAUUUUCAGCCGCAAAGAAAAAACCAUACUCUAUUGCA